UCUCCAGUUAAUUUCGAUCUCUCGCUGUCUCUCUAUGUAUUUCUCGCAUUAGAAUCGAACAUUCAUAGAUUAACCGUUGCAAAGUUCGCCGGAGAAUCGGUUUCGGUCACCGCUCUCCGAUGAACGCUAUAUAGAACACCAUGGCGGAGCAAGGCAGCGCCGCCGUCAACGACGGCGAAAUAGAACCGCAACAAAACAAACACCACGUCCUCAACAGCCACAACGACAACAACGACGUAGACAACAAAGACGAGAGUUCAGAUCCAGAGUUGUUCUGCUGUUUGCUUCAGCCAGCCACAGCUGACAGAGAUCCCGAGUACAUCGGCAUUCGCCGCCUCCUCCUUCUUCGGAAGGCGGAGGCCGGAAUUAUUCACCGCAGAGAUUGGAGAUGCAAUGGAAAAACUUAUGUGGCAUACCGGAAUUACCUAAGUAGGCCUAGAAACUGGGAAAGGGAUAGUUCACGAGCCCCUAGUCUGCACAGUACUCCAGGAAACAGUGGCCGAUUUUUUCCAUCUCCAAGUCCACAUUCCCGUUGGUCUGAGGUGGACAGCUUGAGUUCUGGGAGGGAUCUGCAAAAUGCAAAUCCAGUACAUAAUCAUAGAUCGAGUUUUGGGUCAAGUGUAAGUGAUUCCGAUCCUCCUAGACACCGUAGGGCUGAGUCCGCUUAUUCUUUUGUUGGAAUGCAUUGUAUCUUUGACAAGUGCAAAGCCUCUGUUUCGGUGUUGAAGUUUGGGCACAAGAGUUCUGAUUUACUUGCUUAUGGGGCAGCUGAUGGAACCUUAACUGUCUGCAAUGUAUCUGAGAAUCCGUCAGUCAUAAAACAAUUAGAAGGGCAUUCCAAAGAUGUAACAGAUUUUGAUUUUACGUCAAAUAAUCAAUACAUUGCAUCAUCUUCAUGGGAUAAAACUGUGAGAGUAUGGGAGAUAGCGAAAGGUAUUUGCAUACGGGUGAUAUAUGGAGUAUGUCCACAAUUGUGUAUCCGUUUUCACCCUGUAAAUAACAACCUCCUUUCAGUUGGAAAUGCAAACAAAGAAAUCAAUGUGUUCAAUUUUAGUACCGGAAGGGUAAUUAAUAAAUCACUAUUUGACAGUGGAGUUACCUCUUUGGAUCAUGACCAUACAGGACUUCUCUUAUUUUGUGGAGAUGCACAGGGAUGUAUAUACUCAGUAAAUAUGAACUCUCACACAGGUGUAUUAUCUCGCUCCCAUCGUUAUAGAAAUAGUAGCAAGCCCAAAUCUCCUGUUACCACAGUGCAGUAUAGGAGUUUCUCUCUACUCGCUCGCGGACCUGUGUUGUUGACAUGUACCCAGGAUGGAAACCUGUCUUUCUUCAGUGUGGCUUCGGAGAUAAAUGGCUAUUUAACUCUUCGAUGCUCGCUAAAAUUAGCUCCACGUGUACACAAAUUUCGAGCUUCUUUAUGUCCUCUCCUAUCCCUUGAAAAAGGAGAAUUCAUAGUUGCUGGAAGUGAGGACUCAAAUGUCUACUUUUAUGAUUUAACUCGGCCGAAAAAUACAUGUGUGAACAAGCUACAGGGUCAUGGGUUUCCUGUGCUGGGUAUUGCCUGGAACCAUGGAGAAAAUUUAUUGGCUUCAUCUGAUUUUUAAGGCGUAGUAAUUGUGUGGAAGAGAGAAAGAACAAAUCAAAACAAUCAUACACAACAGUAGAAGUUUAAAUAAAGCCUUUUAGUUGAUGGCCUGUGAAAAAAAGCUCCUUCUUUGCUAAGGUCUCCUUCAUCUUUCGCUCUUCUGUAUUUUUGUGCUAUUAUUUUUUAAUUUUUUCAAUUCUUACUGCAAUGUACUUUGUAUCCAUGAAGUAAAUCAAUUAAUCACCCACAACCUCACUGGGAACCAAAGAUAUUAUACUAAAAAGGUGUACUGUUUUGUGAGGAAGAAAGAAGUUGUAUUCUUAGACAUGAUUAGGAAUUUUGUAUGCGAAUUAUGACGAAUACAUUUUGUUGACUUUGUUCGCAAUAUGUAAUUUUAUACAAUUAAGCAAAGAAUAAAGCACCUUUUUUGUCUGACUUU